ACCCCUGGCACCGUAUGCCAUUGCGCUGUCCGUCUGAGGUCAGUGGUGGGGAAGAACGACCAGCCCUUCGCGGUGGUGGUUUCCAGGCCUGGGGGUCCUGAGCCAGAGCAGCGGGCUGACAGGAGGGCCGCCUGGAGUGGGACUUGGACCCUGAGCUCCACGGGACGGCUCUGCCACCAGCCCCUACCGUUACCCUCGGCGCCCGGCCGGCCAGCCAUGGAGACCGAGCGCCCCCCGGCACAGGGUCGGGCCUGCGAGCACCCCCCGCCCCGCGCCGCCGCCCGGGACCCCAUUGCGCCGAGGGCCGAGGCGCGGUGGCAGCACGCGGAGGGCCGGGUCCCCGCGCCGCCGCAGGGCCAGCUGGCGGGCAGCGGCUUCGCGGGUUUGGAGUUCGCGGUGCCGCAGGAGCCGCAGGCCGCGAACCUAGUGACUCCCGGGACAUGCGCGGGGGCGGCGGCGGGGCGGCGGCCGCCUUCGGCACAGAUCCCCGUGCCAGCGCAGAGAGCCCCCCCAGGAAAAGCCCGGUUGGACGAGGUCAUGGCUGCCGCAGCCCUUACAAGCCUGUCCACCAGUCCCCUCUGUCUGGGGGCCCCAGCUGCAGCCUUCAGCCCAGAGCCUGGCCUGGAGCCCUGGAAGGAGGGUCUGGCGCGGCCACCAGGCAGCUACAGCAGCAGCACUAACAGUGGAGACUGGGGCUGGGACCUGGCCAGUGACCAGUCCUCCCCAUCCACCCCAUCACCUCCACUGCCCCUCGAGACAGCCCACUUUCUGUUCGGGGACCCCACCCUGAGGAAGAGGAAGAGCUCCGUCCGGGUCAUGUUCCAGUGCCUGUGGAAGAGCUGCGGAAAGGUGCUGAGCACAGCAUCCGGGAUGCAGAGACACAUCCGCCUGGUGCACCUGGGCAGGAGACAGGCGGAGCCGGAGCAGAGUGAUGGCGAGGAGGACUUCUACUACACAGAGCUGGAUGUUGGCGUGGACGUGCUGACUGACGGGCUGUCCAACCUGACUCCUGUGUCCCCCACAGCCUCGGUGCCACCAGCCUUCCCCCAUCUGGAGCUGCCAGAGCUGCUCAACCCCCCAGCCCUGCCCCGUCUGCUACAGCCCCUGGCCCUGGCCCUGGCCCCGCCCCCUGUGCUCAGCUCUGUAGCUCCCCCACAGGUGUGCCACCGUGACCAUGCCUACCAGGUGGGUGAGGCCACAGGUGUCUGGGAGCAGGUCUCAGGGCACUGCAGAGAUGAGCGAGGUUCAGGCUGCAGCUCCGUCCACCUGGAGCUGCGGGCCACUGAGGUCCAGGCCUGUGCUCCAGCCUUGCCCUCCAAGCUCGGCACCAGUCUAAGGAAGCCCCGUGGUGAUGCCAAGAAGUGCCGGAAGGUGUAUGGCAUGGACCACCGGGACCUGUGGUGCACAGCUUGCCGCUGGAAGAAAGCCUGCCAGCGGUUCCUGGACUGAGCCCACCCUCUGGUGCUGCUGCCCAGCUCCCAGACAACCCCAGCCCGAGGCUGGCCAACUCUGGGAGUGCCCCAGGUCCAGGCCCUUUCUGGCUGUAGGGUCUACUUUCUAAUGUGGCAGGGACUAGGGAGUUGUUGAUCCUGGACUCCCAGAGACGUGGGAGGGGUCCUGACACUCAAAGUGCCUCUGAAGAAACCAGCUUUUUGCACUAAAGCCAAACCACACCGCUGCCCCCUCAGCCCCCAGGGCACCGCCCGCCCUCCCUGAUAGCCCACAGAUUUGUCAAGGAAGCCCAUGGGCCCAGCUCCAAGGGCCAGUUGGAGAUGCACUUUGAAGGGUGUCAGGGAGGGAAACUUCCACCCACACAUUUAAUGUGAUGAUUCAAGAGCCCUGGGGCUGACAUUUUACCAUGUUUGUGAAGCUCAGGUGUCUCACGUCUGGGCCCUACCAGGUGAGAAGAAUUAAACAUUUGGGGUUUUUCCAGAA